ACGCGUCAAAACCCUAAACCCAAGCCUGCUCCUCCUCUUCUUUCCCAGCGUCGCCUCCACACACUCCAAUCAACCAAUUCGCUCCCGGCCACCACGGCAAUGGCCAUGGAUUUGGACGAGACGCUUGCCGCGGAGAAGGGCGAGGUGGCGCUGCAGCAGCUGCGGCGCGCCGACCCGUCCGUCUACCUCGCCCCGUCCGCCGACCUCGCCGCCGCCGCCCGGGCGGCUCUGAAGCACUUCCACUCCUCGCUCUCCGUUGUCUCCCCCGUGCAGCCGCCGCCCCUCCCCAACCUCCUCGCCGGCCCCAACUUCGACGCCGAGCAGAUUUGGUCCCAGAGCGAGCUGCUCUCCCGCCCCCUCCUCCCCCACCUCCACCGCCAGCUCCGCCGCCUCGAGCACCAACCGCCUGCGCAGCCGUCGGCUGCUCCUCCGCCGUCCAAGCCCGCUGAAGCCGAGGAGGACCCGUCAGACGAGGAGGAGGAUGGAGAGGGUGACGAAUCGGAGGAGGAGGAUGCGGGUGGCCUGGAGGACACGAAUGACGAGUUGGAAUCGGAGGAGGGGGAGGAUGAAGAAACGGAGGAGCUAGGGGCGAAGGCAGGGAACGGGGUGGAGGACAGGUUCCUGAAGAUGAAGGACCUGGAAAAGUUUAUGGAGGAGGGGGAGGAGCAGGAGUACGGUGGGGGUUCCAAGGGAGGAGAGAAGAAAAAGGCAAAUGUGAACUUGAUGGAGGACGAUAGUGAUGAGGAGGAUGUGGAUGAAGAUGAUGGGGGUGAUGAUGAAGAUGACGAUUUGGAUUUGGAAGAUUUUGAGUCUGAUGAUGAAGAGGGUGCAGGGAAAUCCGGCGGAGAUCUAAAGUAUGAGGAUUUUUUUGAGGAAAGCCGUAAGCAACAAGUCAAGAAGAGAAAUGGUUUCACAAAGAAAGUCCACUUCAAGGAUGAAUUGCAUGAAAUGGAAGUGGAUGACAUUGAGAAGGAUGAUGUAAAUGAUGGCCCAGCAUUAGAGGAUGAACAAGGUCUUUCAACUCAUGAAAAGGGGCUCUUGAAGAUGCGUAACCAAAUAGACCUAAUGGAGAAAGCUAGUCUUGAACCCAGUAAAUGGAUCAUGCAGGGAGAGGUUGAUGCUUCCAGGAGGCCCAAAAAUAGUGCCCUGGAAGUGGAUCUUGAUUUUGAGCAUAAUGUAAGACCUGCCCCAGUAAUCACGGAGGAAGUCACAGCUUCUCUCGAGGAGAUGAUAAAGAAAAGAAUUGCGGAGGGUCAUUUUGAUGAUGUUGAGAAGCCUUCAACCUUGCCGUAUAAAGCUCCAAAGCAGCAAAGGGAGAUGGAUGAAAACAAGAGCAAAAAGGGUCUUGCUGAACAUUAUGAGGAUGAGUUUAAGGAAAAAACUGGCAUUGCACCUGCCACACUUGCUAUUUCAGAUGAACUGAAGAAUGAGGCAAAUGAUUUGUUUAAGAGGAUAUGCUUGAAGUUGGAUGCGCUCUCUCAUUUCCACUUUGCCCCAAAGCCGGUCAUUGAGGAUAUGUCUAUACAAGUUAAUGUACCUGCUCUAGCAAUGGAAGAGGUUGCACCUGUAGCUGUUUCAGAUGCCGCAAUGCUCGCUCCUGAAGAAGUUUUUGAAGGGAAAGGUGAUAUUAAAGAAGACGCGGAGCUUACACAAGCUGAGCGCAAAAGAAGGAGAGCCAACAAGAAGAGGAGAUAUGCAGAAUCGCACAAGGAGAGGCCAACCAAGCUGCGGAAAGAAAACUCAGUUGCGAACAUAUAGGAGGCUGCUGCUUGCAUGCUGUUGCAAACCUUUGGAGUUUGGUGGGGAGGUUCGCCCCCAACAGUCGUGAUCUGAUGCCUGGCCUGCAAAGGCUCUGAUGUAGCCAGUUUUCGAGCUUUCAUGCAGUGUAAAAGCAUUUCUUUCUGGAAUUUCGAGUAGCGGGGUUAGCAGUGAUGGAAAGAAAUGCAUGUAAUUCGUCAGGUACGUUGAAUAGAAUUGAACUCUUGCGACGAAAAAUGUCAUGCACUAUAUUGGUUAAAUGCAUCGGUGUGUGCUUCCGGCACUCAAAAGCCAAAUUCAACCCAGAAACUGAGAAAUGUAAUACAAAAUUUGACCAAAUUUCAAUGCAGAUA